AUGUCAAGAAUACCCAAUGGUGGGGACAUUGGCAACUUACCAACACUUGAUCUCCACGGAUUCCGUCGAGAACGAGCAGUUCGAGAUACAGUCGCCUUUCUAGAAAUCCAUCAGACUUCCUGGGUAAUUGUUAUUACCGGAAGCGGAAGGCACUCGCCGGAAGGUCCGGUGUUAAGGGGUGCAGUGGAAAGCAUUUUACAACGCCGGGGUAUGCAGUUUUCACGGAAUACCCCUGGUACCUUCUUGGUCAACGCGGCGACGGGACACUCAAAUUACUAUUACCAAGACGGUUGCGCAGAGGACACCAAAGUUGUGGUACGUGAUGCCAAUGAAGAGGAGGUGGCGGUGCAGUUGGCCAUGCGGAAGACAACCCGUGGCUAUUGUGGAACCGCUAGUGGUCGAGCGCUUCACCGCUCAUCGUCGAGCUCGGGCAGUAGUGAAAACUGUUUGGGAACGGGUCCUUCGCUCGUAGAAGUGGCGAGGGCCGAUCAAGAGCUUGAUCAAGCACGAGCAGAAUCUCUCCAACUGGUACGUGAGGAAGCCAGCAAAUAUAAGAGGGAAGCCAAAGCGAUACGGAAAGCCGUGGCCAAGUCCAUCGACGAAGUACGAAAGUAUGAGGACGAAGAGGAAGAGUUACUCCGGAAGGCUGUACAACUAUCGGAGGAGCAGGAAGCUAGUGAGCGGGAAGAGGAGGAGAGAAUUCUCCGAGAAGUUCUCCGAGAGUCGGAAAAGGACUCGAAGAGUUCGUGUCAUAGUGACGACGCUUUGCGUGAAGCAAUUCUUAGAUCUGACUGUGAAUACAACCCACUUGCGUCUGAUGACAGCGAUGAGGCCAGCAUGAUACGGCAGGCAAUUGCUCUGAGUCUGGCUGACUUCCACUCCGCUGUCCUUCCUGAAUAA